GGGCAUAUCUGCGCGGUCCUGGCCCUAUCUGCCCGCGCGCGCGGCCCGGGAGCCCAGAGCGCGGAGCAGCUCAGCGAGGGUGCCGAGCAGCCCACAGCCAGCGUCCACAAGCGGUUGUCCGUGCCGCCAUCGUCGCAACGAGGCGUCCUCCUGCGCUCCUGCUGGGGUCCAGCGCCUGCAGCUGGCCGUGGAGCGCGUCGUGAUGCCGGAGGCGGCGGGACCCUCCGGCCUCGGCCCGGGCACCUCGGCGGCCCUCGGGGCCACGCUGGGGGCGAGCCUGGGCGCAGGGCUGGCCGACGGCGCGGGCGUGUCGGGCCUGGGCGGCGAGGGCGCCGCGGCGCUCAGCGACGAGCCCGACCUCAACAUCUUCGAGAACAAGAGCGGCCUCGCCGAGGACAUGAAGUUCCUCGCGUCCAUGCCCGAGCUGUGCGACGUCACCUUCAUGGUCGGCGAGUCCAGGGAGCCGGUCUGCGCCGUGAAGGCCGUCCUCGCCGCCAGGAGCAAGGUGUUCCACAAGAUGCUCUACCAGGCGCCCAGCCCUCAGCGCAAGAAGGACAGCGCGCCCAAGGAGAACAAACUGCGCCUCUUCCUCAAGCGCAGCUCUGAGCCGCUGCUCAACCUGCAGAACGCCGCUCAGCAGCGCGGGUAUACCCAGCAGUUGGCGCCAAUCCAAGAGCCGGCCUCCAGUCAGCACCAGACGGUCCACGUGGAGGAGUUCGAGCCGGACGUGUUCCGGCAGCUCAUCGAGUACAUCCACACUGGCUGCGUCACCCUGCAGCCGCGCACUCUACUGGGUGUGAUGAACGCGGCCGACUUCUACGGCCUCGACGAGCUGCGCAGGGCGUGCGCGGGCUUCGUGCAGUGCUGCAUCAACGUGGACACGGUGUGCGCGCUGCUCGCCUCGGCGGAGCGCUACAUCCAGUACAAGUGCACCAAGAACCUGGUCCAGAAGGUGCUCGAGUUUGUGGACGAGCACGGCAACGAGGUGCUCAACCUGGGGUCGUUCACGCUCCUGCCGCAACACGUCGUGCGCCUCAUCUUGUCCAGGGAAGACCUCAGAGCCGACGAGUUCACCAAGUUUCAGGCCGCGCUCAUGUGGGGCAAGAAGUACUGCGACUCCAACUCGCACAUCUCGCUCAAGGAAGUGAUCGGGAACUUCAUCGAGUUCAUCCAGUUCCACAAGAUCCCCGCCAACGUGCUGAUGCGCGAGGUGCACCCGCUCAACCUGGUGUCGGCGUCCAUCAUCAUGAACGCGCUCGCCUACCAGGCAGACCCCACAAGUGUCGACCCCGGGAAGCUAUCCCCAAAUCGAGUUCGGCGAUCUGGACAGGGGCGUUCCAUGAGCGUGCAGUCGUCGCUGGACCCAUGCGGCUCCAACACCACCCUGUCCAGCUCCGGCUCGUCCGAGAUGAUCUCCAGCGAGGGCGGCGGCGCCUCCGGCGGGGCGGCCUCCAACUCCGGCAACAAGCACUCCGGCACCGGCUCCGGAAACAGCUAAGAUCCUCCCGCGGGAGGCCGGCUAGGCUCCGCGUAGGAAAGCACGGGGGGCAGGGCGCGUUAGACUCGAGACAACAUCCCGCGGCAGCCUCAAUAUAUGCGUUGACAUUUCCCUUUACAUUUUUUGUCGUGUCGAACAGAUAUGCUCUCGUUUAGAUGACGCGCACUAGAUCUGGAUGUGAUAAAGUAUUCUCAGCAGCGGUCGCGUUUCAUUAUCUAACUUUUAAAAACCAAUUUUUAAGAAGUAAAAUGUAAUUAUGAUUUUGGGCGUGAGGCUCGGGCGUGAUGCUCCAUGUCAAGGUUGACUGGCAAGUAGUACGCGAACACGCAGUCAUAUCCAUGAGCAAUGAGCAUUGUUAGGAUAACUAAACAUAGCCGGAUUCACGGAGCAGAGCCCCAAAAAACGUUUUUUUAAACCCAUUGAAAAUUUGUUCUUAUCGUGAGAAUGUCGAAAAAAAUGUGAAAUACCUUGGAGGCAGGCCGAGCGACGCCCCGCCCCCGUUAGGAGGGAGGGUUGGGUUGAUACUUCUCUUGGUACCUGAGGGGAGCGCAGUGCGCAGGUGUACUUUUUAAUGCGUUCAAAAAAUAAUCUAAAAUACAAGCAGUGGAAUUUUCGGAAUAAUUUGAUCCUUGCGCACUGACUCCCCAGGAGAGGCUCAGCGACAGUGGCCUAAUUAGACAGAGAGACGCGCACUGCGUUGCGCUGCAUGCGCUCACCCACACCAUUUUUAGUGUAAUGGCGUGCCCCCGUAGCAGCUGCUGCUCCCCCCCCCCAAAAAAAAGAAUCAACUUCUCUUCAGUGUGCAAGGGAGGUUGAGGAUACAAGAGAUGCGCAAACGCGUCAGCCACCGAACCAGGUGUUUUAUUUGGUCCCCCAGUCGAGUCCCAAGUGAAAAGUCUUAGACGUAGACGUCGAUUAGACGUCCAUUUAGAUGCAUAUUUGGUACAAAAAUCGACUUCAUUUCGACUGCCGGCGUCAACUCGAAGUCAACUUGUCUCCCUGGGAACGAUCCCGAGAAUCGUAAAUCAUAUUGUUCCCUUUAGCUAAGAAUAACGUGUUUUAUCUUGUGGCAAAAUUGUUUUAAAGAGAUAAUGGUGGAAAAGAGAGUAACGAUAGUCAUGAAUCGGAGCGCUUUGUUUGUACUCCUAAUAACAAAGUGGCCGUUUUGGUCGAGACGAAAUAUGCCAAAUAAGAGGUUCUUUGAAAGAGGAAGGAGGAGUUGAGCAGAAUUAUAAAGAAUAGAGUUGAUGUGAUUAUAUCAGAGUUUCUGAGAGAGAGAAUUAGCACAGGGGUGGUUUUAAGGAGGGGAUAAGGACCCGGGCAAGCCUCCGCCUUGAAGUUGGCAGCACGCCUCUACAGAGGCAACCCACGCAACAUCGCGCCGCCCGUCAGGCGGACUUGAGACAGCCCCCGAAUAAUUAGUAUCCCUGCUGACAUAUUUUUCUUGUGGCACUUUAUGGUCACUGUGUGAUCUUUGAUGUCUGGUGUAAACUUCAUGUUGUCUUGUUUUGGAAUAAAUAAAACUUCUUUAGUCCA